AUGGCAAAAAAGAAGAAGAAAAGUGGGAGAAAAAUCUUUAAUAUUGGUUUGAGAGCAUCUAAUUGUAGUUUGCAAAGCUCCGGUGAUCAAUCUGAUACAAGUUUCUUUGAAGAUGAAGAAGAUUCUGCUUCAAGUAUUAUGGGCUCAACGGGGCCAAAGGGAGAGAAGAUGAAGAAAUCAAUGGUGGAAAUCCUCAACUCUAUUGAUUCUUAUCAAUCGCAAGCAACUCCUCAGUUGAUAUCUCGAUUGCUGAACUCUGUUAGUGGACCUGAGAGUUCCAGCAGAGUUUCGUGGGCUGAUGAAGUUAAUUUGGUUGAUGCUGAACUCUUUUCCGAUCCUAUGCUCCCUAAAUCUGGAAUAGAUCUGGUUACUGUUUCAUUGAAUCCUGAAGAGAAAAUUACGGAUACUGUUGAAAUUGAUUCUAAUAGAGAUGCUUCGUCUGAUUUUGAUUCUAAUAGAGAUGUUUCUAAUAAAGGAAAAGCAAUUUUUCCUCCUCUUAAUGAUGAGUCUAUGAAUAAUACUGGAAAUGCUAAGAAAACUUGGGCAAGUUUUUUUACAGACAACAGGAAACCAGGUCAUGGUUUUGAAUUGGACUUUAUGCCGCCUGAAACUAAGGAUAAGGUAACAUUUGGGGAUGAUGAAUGGAAUGAGGGUGUUUCUUUUUGGCUAUUCUCUCUCAUUGGGCAAGUUAUGGGACUAAAUGUCAGAUAUAAAGCAAUGGAAUCUUAUGUGCAAAAAGUUUGGGCUUCAUUUGCAGUUCCUGAAAUCAGUAUUCUCAAGGCUGGUGUUUUUCUGUUCAAAUUCAAAAAUAAAGAAGAAAUGUGUGAUAUACUUGGAAGAGGUCCUUGGUUUUUUGGCUCUAGGCCUCUACUCCUAAAGACUUGGGCUAUUGAUGAAGAUAUUGAUAGAAUGAAGGAGUGUGUUUACCCUAUGUGGAUUCAACUCCCAGGGUUAAAGCUUAACUUGUGGAAUGCUAAGGCAAUUAGCAAAAUUUUUAGUAUUAUUGGAAAGCCUAUCUCUAUUGAUAAACUCACAGCUACUAGGCAAAGGCUUGCCUAUGCUAGGGUCCUCGUUGAAGUCACAAUGCCUGCUCCUCUUCCUGAUAGUAUCUCAAUUCAGGGGCCGAAUGAGUCUAUUUUCACUCAAAAAGUGAUUUAUGAGUUCAAGCCAAGAUGGUGUGAAUUUUGUAGAAUGGUUGGACAUGAAUCAAGUUUAUGCAGGAGAAAAGUUAGAGUUCAGAAAUGGAUCCCUAAGCAAAACAUAAAACCUGUAAUCCAGCAGGAGGGAAAAACUAAUGCUGAUAUUGGUACUAGCAGUGUACAAAAUUCAGUUCAUUUGAAAUCUGUUUUACAAAAAAAAAAAGAAGCUGUAGAGAUGAGGUCUCUUGAACAAAAAUCUUUGCAGGUAUCACAGGAAUCUGUUCUUAUGCAUGAUAAUCUGGUGAAUGCUGAAACAAAUGAAAAUCAAAGAACGCAAUCAAAGAGGAGCAGUGAUGUUGAUGAACAGAGGUCUGUGCAUGUUGUGCAUGCUCAUCAGUUAAAAGAUGGUGUUUACCAAUCAAAUCUUACACCUGCUGUUAAUCCUUGGAUUCAGAUACAAAGAAGUAAGGGAAAAGCUCCUGCUAACCUUUUCUCUCAUCUGAGCUAUUUGAAUAAUGAUCCCUCUACAAUUGAUAGAGGAGAUUCUCUGCUGGAGACAAAGAUAAAGGAGGAUAUGUUGCAAACAUGUACAAAGAAAAUUGCAAAAUACUGGAAAUGGAUAUCAAAUGUGAGAAGAUUUGGUAAAACUAGAAUAUUGAUACUUUGGGAUCCUAAUGUCAUGGAUAUUAAUAUUGUCAGGAAACAACUAUGGGCUGAGCUUACUGAUAUUCAAAUUCUUAUUGGAAAUACUCCUUGGCUUCUUAGUGGUGAUUUCAACUCUGUCACUAGUGAUGAAGAAAAGCUAGGAGGAGUCACUCUUACUGAUGCAGAUACACAGGAUUUCACCAAUUUUAUCAAAGACUGUGAUCUUUCUCAGCUGAAAACUAUUGGAUGCUACUAUACUUGGAAUAAUAAACAAGAUCCUGUGUCUAGAGUUUGGAGCAGAUUGGAUAGAACAUUAGCUAAUGACUCAUGGAUUAAUCUUUACAAUUCAAGUCAAGCAGAAUAUCUACUUCCAAGCUUUUCUGAUCAUUCUCCAGCCCUGAUUACUAUUAAGGAAGAUAAAAUACAAGGAAAAAAACCAUUCAAGUUUUUCAAAAUGUGGAUUAAUCAUGAUAAGUUUUUACCAACAGUUUCUGGUAUCUGGAAAACCAAGAUCAGAGGUUUUAAGAUGUUUGCUGUAUAUUCAAAACUCAAGCAUCUUAAGGGAGAGCUUAAAGAGCUGAAUAAGAAAAACUUCAAUAAUAUCAGUGAACAGGUUGUUAGAGCAUGGCAUAAAUUGGAAGAAGCUCAAAGAAGUCUGCAGGCUGCUCCUCUAAAUCCAGAGUUCAUCAAACAUGAAAAAGAAUGCAUUUCAGUAUUCAACAAGCUUCUGAACUGUGAGUUAUCCUUUUACCAACAAAAGGCAAGAAUUGCUUGGAAUGUCCAUGGGGAUAAAUGCACUAAUUUCUUUCACUCUAUAAUCAAGUCUAAUAGACAUCAUAAUAAAGUGAUGGCCCUCUAUAACAAUAUGGGACAACGUAUUACUGAUGGUGAAGAUAUUAUAAAUGAAUUGCUAUCUUUCUUCAAAAAUCAAAUUGGUACAACUCAUUCUACUGCAGUCCCUGAUAUCAGUAUUAUCAAAUCUGGCCCUUGUCUGAAAGAUACUCAUAUUAAAGCUCUAUCAUCUCCCGUUUCUAAAGAUGAAAUUACAAAAGCCAUUUUCUCAAUGUCUGAUGAUAAAGCUCCAGGACCAGAUGGAUAUGGUGUUUCUUUCUUCAAAGGAGCUUGGAGUAUCAUAGGUGAAGAUGUUACUCAAGCAAUUAUGGAAUUCUUCAAUUCUGGAAAGCUGCUGGGGACUAUCAACUCAACAUCUAUUACUCUGAUUCCAAAGGUAAACUGUCCAAAAACCCCAACUGAUUUCAGACCUAUCUCAUGUUGCAAUUGCCUCUACAAAUUUAUCUCAAAAAUUCUAGUUAAUAAAAUUAAACCAGUCAUGGGGUAUCUUGUCAAUGAUGCACAGAGUGCUUUUGUGGAAGGUAGGCAAAUAUCUAGUAAUAUUUUGUUGGCUCAUGAACUAGUUAAGGGCUACAACUGGAAGAGUAUAUCUCCCAGAGUUCUGCUCAACAUAGAUAUUAGAAAAGCCUUCGAUACUAUCAGCUGGAGUUUCUUGAAACAUAUGCUGUUAGGCCUGGGGUUUCCUAAAGUUAUGGUUGAUUGGAUAAUGUCCUGCAUAACAUCUUCUAAAUAUUCCAUUGCUCUGAAUGGAUCCUUACAUGGUUAUUUCAAUGGACAAAGAGGGCUCAGACAAGGGGACCCUCUAUCCCCGUAUCUUUUCAUUCUUGGCAUGGAAUAUCUCUCAAGAAGAUUGGACAGAUUGAAGAGUGAUAAUCAGUUUAAAUUUCAUCCCAAAUGUAAAAAACUCAAGAUUACUCACCUCAUCUUUACUGAUGAUUUGCUUCUGUUUGGAAAGGGUGACCUGCAAACCAUUAUGAAGCUCCACCAAUGUAUCAGGGAUUUUAGUGCAGUAUCUGGCCUUGAAGAAAAUGCUGAUAAAUCUUGUAUUUUUUAUGGUGGUGUCCAAGAUUCUGUCAAAGCUUCAAUUAACUCUCUUCUUGGCUUUACUGAAGGUAAAAAAUAUGGAGGACUUGGUAUUUUCUCAGCUUCAAUCUGGAAUGCUGCUGCUGCAUUAAAGAAUAUAUGGUUUAUUCAUAUAAAUAAGGAGUUACUAUGGAUCAAGUGGAUUCAUGGAGAGGGAUUGUUCAAAACAAUCAAUGUUGCUUAUGUGAUUGUUCUGGAUUGGAGUCAAGGAACCACCUGUUCUUUGAGUGUGUAUACUCGAAAGAAGUAUGGAAUAAGAUCAUGGACUGGUUGGAAUUUAAAUGGAAAACCUGUAACUGGGAAAUACUAUUAG